AAAAUUUAUAAUUUUCAUAUGAAACAAUUUUCUCAUCUAUGGGCCAUGGCCCAAACACCCUUUAGAUGACUUAGGCAAAAUAAGAAGAAAUUACCCGGCGGGAAAUCGAAAUCAAAAUCGGCUCUUGAUUAUUUACAUCCCGCUCUUUCUCCAUGAUUCUCACGAAUCCAAAAACAUUGUUUCUCGAUCUAUCCAAAGAAGGUGAUAAGAGAUUAAAGAUGGAUGUCAGUGAGGGUGAAGCAACUUUUGAUUCACUGGAUCUGAACCCUCAGCUGUUCAUCAACAGCUCCUUGAACAUUGUCGAUCAAUUAGUUGAAAGUGCCUUCGAUUAUCUUCAUCAGGAGGCAUCAACCCAACUCAAGAUUGAUAGUUCCGAAAGAUCUGAAGAUUUAACCAAGGGUUUGGAUUACAUCAGAAAUACAAUUCAAUCUGCCCUGGACAAGCGGUUCUCUAUGUGGGAGAAGUUUUGUUUCCUUCAUAUUUUUGCGCUUCCAGAUGGAUUUUUGCUUCCCAAAGACGAUGAAGCAUCUGGCAGUGGUAUAAUGGAUGUGGAUUUUGGUAACUCUGAUCUUGAUGUAGAACUUGCUUCCUUGAAGACAAAACUUUUAUCGGCUGAACAGGAGUCUGCUGAAUUGAAAACAGAGAUCCAAGCAUUGGAGAGACAAUCUGUUAUCAGUAACCAAGAAGCAGCGUCCGUGAAUGAAUUAACGAGACUGUCUGAACAAAUGCAUGAGAAUGAUGCAUUUGAAGAGUUGCAAAAACUUGCAACAGAGUUACGUACAAAGAUGGAGAAGCUAAACACGGAAAGGGGUGAUGGAAUUCAGCGUGCUAGGCUGGAGAAAGUGGGCUUACGCAAUGGCGAUGUGUUAAGGGCGAUUGGUGGAAAUGGCUUCUCUAAUAUGAAGCAAGAAAAAUGUGAAGGCUUAUUGGCAAUUUGGAACACUCUGUGAACUUUGGUUGAUCAUCGACAGGCCCAAGUUCUGCAAGUGUGUUUUAUAGCAAUGUAAAAAUUCUCCUCUUUGUCUGCAUGUAUCAACUGUUAGAUUGUGCAGUACUCCUUUGAUGCCAUCAGUUUAUAACUAUUUCGGAAAUAUAUAAAAUUCCUCAA